UGAACUUGUAGAAUUUAGAGAAGAUCCUAUAAAUAAGGAAUUUUUUCAUGCUACGCUACAAUGUAGCAUUAUUGAAAGCGGAACAUCACAACUGGCAUGUCAAUAAUGGAUGACAUCAUUUAGUGAAGUAACGCACACAAAUUGGAUUAUUCGCCGUACAUGUCCUAACCCGCAGAAACAUGACUAUCGCAUAACAUAUGAGUGUCAACAUAGCGCUUUUAACAAACAAAAAAAUAAAGAGAACGUGACCGUGAUAAAUCAUCUCGUGCUAAGCUUAAAAUUGUUGUAAAGAAAAUUAAUCGGAACACCAUAUAGGAAUGAUCCUUUACUCAAGAGAGGGCUUAAUAUGGUUAUUACGAUUAAUUUUGAACACACACAUAAUAUAGCUGAAAGCUUCAGCUACUUAAGGAUGGAUAAAAGAACAGAAGAAACAUUUUUAAAAUAUUUUGAAGAUGGAAUGACCCCUAGUGCAGCCAGAAUAUUUCAUGAAAUUAGCCUUAUAGAAUCCAUAGAAGAUACAAAACAACUGCCGAUUUUACUUGCAGAUGCGCAAAAAAACCCACGGGAGAGGCAAAUUAAAUAUUUGUAUGAUAAAUGGAGGCAUAUAAACUAUGGAGAUCGCGAUAAAAAAAGUGUAGUAUCGGUCCUUAAGAAAAAGCAAUAUGAUUUUUUGCAAAAUAGUGCUACAGCCCUUGUGCGUGAAAAUCCCUUAAUUAUAACAGUUGUCACACCCAUAAUGAAAAGGGCUAGUGAAUGUCGUUUCUCUCAGGAAGUAGUUUUUGUGGAUUCAAGUGGAAGAGGAAAUAAAAUUGGCGCGAUUCCUUUAGCUAUCGUGUUGCAGCCCAGAGUGAAAGCAACUAAACAUUAA